AUGUUGUCUUGGCUCACAGGAGGAGAAUCUGAAACUAGUACAAAUUCUUUUUCAUUUCCAACGCAUCCCGAAGUCACCAUUCUUUCAGAACCACAGAGUUCCGAUGUUCCGAUCAUCAUUGAUGGAAUGGUUUUGUUUUCAUAUAAAGAAAUCAUGGCGAUUCGUGAGGAAGCUACCAAUGAACAAGAUUACGAAGUUCUCUACGAAGAACCAGAAAACUAUCGUCGAAUGCUCAUCAAAAAGAAAGGCGAAGGUUCCACCGGUGAAAUUAAACGACACAAAUACACUCGAAAGAGAAAUGUGUUGAGAGUGUUUCGUUAUGUCGAUAAGGAGAGUGGUCACAAGGUCGUCAUUUCUAUCGAACGAACUGCUCAUAAGGGCGUCUUUCCAGUUCAAGGUAGAGAUUUUAUUUCCAUGACAGGAGUGGUUCAACUCAAUGAGUUUCACUAUGUGACACUUUCUAAGGCAUUGGAAUUUCGAAUGGUUCCCUAUGCAACUACAUCCAGUGACAAGACAAAAUCUCCUCCACCUCUUCCAGCAGAUAAAUAUGGACCUUCAGAAGGAUUUAAUGGAUAUAUUCGUGGAGUGAACAAAUUUUUUGCCAAUGAAUGUUUUGGAAAUGAAACCACAACGACCUAUACAACCAUUGUUGAGACUGAUGUGAGAGGAUGGGUUCCAGCCACUGUGUACAAUUGGUUUGUCAAGUUCAUUCCAGCACAAGGAGAAGGAAAUUUAAUUAAGGGAUUGGAGUGGAGAAAAACGAAUGGUGUUGGUUCUGAUUUGAAUGAAUUUUACUACAAUCAUGACAGCCCACUUUUUAACAAGUAA